AUGCCGGAUGCGUCCUUGUUUUCUGAUGGAUCGCCAGCUGAGCAAUAUAACCUGGAUAGCGGGCGAGAAAAACCCGUUGAUAAGUUUGCAGAUGAGCUGGUGAGUGUCUUCUGGAAGGCAACGAAGGCCGUGAAGAGCUCACUUGUUCCGUAUCAUGUUCCAAUUGAUCAGAAUAUUCAGGUCUCUACUGAAGGAAAUUAG